GCCUGAGAAGGAGUCAUGUAUCCAGGCCACACAGAUCAGACUGCAGCCCCACUACUGCCCUUGUUCUGGGUGUGCGUCAACAGGCCAGCUUUCAGCCUGGGCCAGAGAGGCCUCUGCACUAUUUUCUUUUACUUUUCUCCCUCUGUAUUCACUUUGGCAUGCAGCUCACCGAUCUUAACCAAGAGUGCUUAGUGCAUCUUUUCUCUUUCCUGGAUAAGGACACUCGGUGGAAUCUGUCUCUGACCUGCAUGCGCCUCCGCGAAGCGUUCCUGGACCCUCAGCUGUGGUCACUCCUCCAUUUUUGUUCCCCUUGUGAGCUGAGGAGAAAUAACUUCAUUCUGAGCCCAUCUCUGAGGUACUUGAACAUAUGCUGGCAUUCCAGCAGGGUCAAAGUGUGCAACAUAGAAUACUGGAUGAAGACAACAUUCCAGAGGGACCUUUGCAGCAAGCACGAGAGCCUGGUUAGCCAUUUUCUGGAGCGUGUAUGCAACAUAUGUCCAAACCUGCUGUCCCUGACCCUGUCCGGCUGCGGACACGUCACGGACCGUGACAUCAUAAGUGUGCUCCGGCACUGCACAUGGCUGCAGGGGCUAUUCCUGGAGAACUGCUGCCAGGUGACGGAUGCUGUCCUGCAUGCCACGCUGGCCCAUGGCAGUGCCCUGCAGGAGCUGAGGGUGGACUUCUGCAGGAACAUCACCCAAGCAGGACUGCAGGCCAUCAGGGAGAGGAGGCCCGGGCUGAGGCUGAGCGCUGAGCGCAGUGCAGGAAUGAUUCCGGACAGCCAGCCUGAACGGAGGCUGCAUAGCAGAAGGGCUUUGCAAAAGGUCCUCAUAUUUUCCUGAGGGGUGUGGCAUCUGGGUUCAUUCACAGAAGGCAAGAUGGAGAACAUUUUAAUCAGCUCUGCUGUGGUGCUGUCAGCUGAUAUUACUUUUAACUUUAAGAAAAACAUUUUCAAAAGAAUUUCAAUUUCAGGAAGAUUGCAAGUGUUUUUUUUCUGUUUUUUAAUUUUUAAUUUAAAAAAAUAUAUUUGUUAUUUUAUUAUGUUGAUGUCACUGUAUCUUUAAAGAUAAGGUAAAAAAAAGUUUCUAUCUUACAUUUUGUUUUAAAUAUGUCAAGGACUAUUAAAGUUUUUUCUACCAGGCAUUUUUAAUGAGUCUUUCAGAGAUGUGUUUCUGGUGUUUCGGUAACUUUUCCAUGCAUACAGUCCAGAGCUUUUUUUCUGCGAAAGAAAAAGACGUUAUCUUACACUGUAAAACUCCACAGUGAUCCUGCUCAUGGUUUAAAUAUAUACCAUUUAUAAAAUUGCGUAGCGUAUGAUGAUUCCAAAAGCAAAAGGAACAUUUCCAGUGUUGAGGUGGCUACAAAUGAGAUGAAAGGUUCACUCGAAUAAUUUUAUAUUUGUUAUUGUUUCUCGGACUUCUUGUUUUUUUACUUUGCCAUAUAGAACAUGAAUCAAUAUUUUCCUCACCCACUUCACAGAAAUGUAAUUUACAAGAAUUUUAAGCUAUUGGGUUUUUUAAUUAAUGAUUAGUAUGUGGUUAAUAAAGGUGUUUAAUAAAAUAAAUAUGUGAA